AUGCUUGACGAAAACCUCCCCACAUUCUUUCUAAAGCCCUCGCCUACUGUCAAGCACGACGAGGCAUACUACUUCGCACAGCAUGGCUCCGAGCCGGAGCCCACCUAUACCUUGAAACACCCGGAUCCCUCCCUGCCAGAGGGCAAGAACAUCUAUGCCGCCGGCCUUUUCGAUGCAUUCAACCCGGAAAUCCUCUAUGGCGAGGUCUACAUCAAGCCUGAAUGGACAUAUCCCACCCUAUCACAGGAGGAGAUCAGAAAGAACGGCGGUGUCGCACCCCCUCCUCAGCCAGUGCUGCCUACCGAGUUCACCAUACAUCUGUACGACCCUGAUCAACAGGUUGUCGUGAGGCAGAAGAGCGGGUCAUGGGGUGGCACCGCGAGCUACGAGUUUAGCAUGCCGCAGAACACAUUCCGCUUGCCUAGCGCCUCCACAUUAGAUCGAUCGCUUAACGAUCCAGCUGCCGACAUCACGACCCCUAAGAUCAACUUCGUGUGGAGGAGAGAAGGCAAACUGUCAAAGGAUCUCUCCUGCUUCAUGACCGGCAAGUCGACGGACCCGGCGAAAAAGAAGAAGAAGGCAAAGGAGCCCGAUAUUGCUGUCGCUUUGUUCCGUGCCCUUCACGAAGUCACCAUCUACCAAUCCAACCUCUUUCGAGUUGAGAUGGAGGAUCCCAAGGGUCUUGAGAUCGUGGUUCUCCUUGCAGCAUCGACAAUCAAGGCCCUCUAUUUCGGCCAGAUCAACGAGACUUUCAACGUCGGGGAUGCGGCAAUUAGGAGGAGCACGGGCGGUCUUCUCGGAAGAAAAAAGUCGUUGCCUCUGAAUCAGUCCCUGAUGGCCUCUGGUGCUCUGCCUGCCCCCGCUCAAAGCGCCCCUCCGCCUGGACCUGCCGCGAAUCUGAGACCAGCUCAGCCCUCGCGUGCAGAUGCCCAACGCCAGUCCCUCCCUCCCCUCCAAACCAACUCCUACCAGAGACAAGAAGAACCCCGGCCACAACUGGACCCUCGGGCUCAGUGGGAAAUCGAUGCCGAAAAAUCACGGAUGAAGCUCGCCCAAGCAGCAGAAGCCCGCGAGCAGCGCCGCGCACAAGAGGCCAGACAGCGCGAAAAGGAGCGACAAGAAGAAGCCGAGCAGCGGCGACUCCGCAGGAUCGUCGAAGCCGAGGAUAAGCAGCGACGCAAGAAGGCAGCCGAGGUCGACAAAGAGACAGAGCGUCUACGUCGCAAGUACGGAACGCAAGAGAAUCUCCUGCCCCAGCAGCGGCACUCCGUCCACGGCAUGCUCGGUCCCUACCAGCGGCAGCCCGGGCCCUCGCGACCCACUCCGGCUCCACAGCGCGGGCCACAGCCGAAUCGGCUGUCAAACGGCUUGUUUGUCGCGCAACAGGCCCCACCUCCGAUGAUGCCGCGCCCGCAGCAGCGCCCGCCUCAGCCAAGACCCCAGCCGUCCGGUAGUUGGCACCGGCCGGCAGUCAGCCAGAGUGCGUACUUUGGUGGUGGAGGAGAAAUUAGGCCCGAUGAGGGCAAAAAGUUGAAACAGCCGAAGAAGAGUUUCUUCGGUCUGAGAAGCUCGAGUGAUGAAAGCAAGAAAGGGAAAUUGGCGAAGAAACAGAGCAGCAUGUGGUAA